AUGGCUUCGCUCAUUUUAUGGGACGAGGCAACCAUGACAAAACGGCAGGCAAUUGAGGCAUUAGACAGAAGCAUGCGAGACAUCAUGGAAUGCCCAUACCGGCCUUUUGGGGGCAAGACUAUCGUGUUCGGUGGGGACUUCAGGCAGGUGCUUCCGGUAGUGAGGAAAGGAUCACGAGGUCAGAUAAUAGACGCAAGUCUGCGGAGCUCGAAACACUGGAAGGGCAUGCGCCAGCUAAGGCUCGUCAAGAACAUGAGGGCGCAAAACGAUCGAUGGUUCGCGGAUUACCUCCUGAGGGUAGGUAACGGCACCGAGGAAACUGACGAGGACGGAAACAUCCAGCUUCCCGAAGAUAUAUGUGUGUCAUCUACAGGCAAUGACACGGCUGAUAUAAAGAAGCCGAUCGACCACGUGUUUCCUGCCCUAGACCACAACAUGGAAAAUCCGGAUUACAUGACUUCUCGAGCGAUCCUCUCCACAAGGAACAACAGCGUCGACGGAAUAAACAUGCACAUGAUUGAGCGUUUUCAGGGCGAGGAGACGAUCUACUAUAGCUUCGAUAGCGCGGAGAACGAUCCACACGGCUACCAUCCUCAAGAGUUCCUGAAUGACCUAACUCCUAAUGGGCUUCCCCCGCACGCGCUUAAACUGAAGAUAAAUUGCCCAGUUAUAUUGUUGAGGAAUAUCGACCCAGCUAACGGGCUAUGUAAUGGCACGAGGCUUGUGGUCCGUGGGUUCCAGAGUAACGCCAUUGCCGCAGAGAUUGUCGUGGGACAGCACGCAGGGGAGAGGGUGUUUCUUCCUCGGAUACCUCUAUGCCCAUCCGACGAUGACAUGUUCCCGUUUAGAUUCUAG